AUGAAAGAAGAAUUAGAUUUAUCAUAUUUGGAUCGUGAAGAUAUAGAUGAUGAUGUGCUUGGCGUAGACUUCAAUAUUAUCUCAAUUAUACGAAGACACUUAGAAAUAACGACUGCUAUGGCUUCGGUAACAAUGUUAUGCAUUGUUGCACACGCAUUGACUAUAUUGGAAAUGUACUGGAGUGAUUCUAGUAGUGUAAGUAUUUCCCUACCAGAAAGAGAUCGUCGUAGGGAGAAAUUAAUGUCAUAUCUUGUGCACACUAAUCGGUGCCGCGACAUUAUUAGGAUGGGUCCAGAGGCAUUUACUAAUCUUUGUGAAAGACUAAGAUCAACUGGGUUAGUUAAGGACAGCAUUCGGUCGACAAUCGCGCAACAAGUGGCUCAAUUUCUUCAUAUAAUUGGCCAUAAUGUUAAGAAUCGAAGUGUCGGUUUUUUCUUCCAUCGAUCGGGUUCGACGGUUAGCAGACACUUUCACAAUGUGUUGGCUGCAGUUAUAAUUUUGGAAUCUGAAUUUCUCAUUCAACCCUCAGGAAAUGAGGUUCAACCAUAUGUCUUGAACAACAAUCGAUUUUACCCGUACUUUAAGGAUUGUUUAGGGGCCAUAGACGGUACUCAUGUUCGUGUAAAGGUUCCAAGAUCUGAUGCUCCGAGAUUUCGAGGAAGAAAAGAUUGGCCAACUCAAAAUGUGUUCGCUGCGUGUGAUUUUGACAUGAAAUUCACAUAUGUCCUUGCUGGGUGGGAAGGCACUGCAUCGAAUUCAAGAAUUUUAAAAAAUGCUCUUGAUCGAGAUGAUCCGUUAGUUAUCCCCCAAGGAAAAUACUACCUCGGUGAUGCUGAAUUUAUGUUGAAAAGCACAGUUUUGACUCCAUAUAGAGGCGUCAGAUAUCACCUUAAGGAAUAUACACGUAGAGGACCACAAAAUGCACGCGAUGUGGAUCAUGAUGACUCAUUACUUGCCGAAGUUGAUAAUGAGUUGACUGAAAGAGAAGAGCAUAAUGUUUCAUUGUCUCAAGUUAGGGAAGAGGAUCAUAGGAUGGGUAGUAGUAUUAGGGAUGCCAUAGCAGAUCAUAUGUGGUAUAAAAUGAAUAGAGGUAAGGCACACACCACUGAGUCCUCUGCUCCUACUAGAGAGUUCAUAAAAUGGACUGAGGAUAUGGACGCACGUCUCCUGCACUGUAUGAUUGAGGAAUCAAGAAUUGGUAAUAGGGUUGAUGGGAGUUGGACAUCCCAAGCGUAUACUAAUAUUGUUGAUCAACUACAUGAGUCUGGGUAUGUCGCCAUUACAAAAAAUAAUGUUAAAAACCGUCAGAAAGUCUUGAAAGAUAAAUGGCGUGAGGUUCAUGACCUAUUUUCUGGAUUAAGCGGUUUUGCUUGGAACCCCAUUACUAUGCGAUUUGAUGCAGAGGACGAAGUCUGGAUGGACCUCAUUCAGUCGAGGCCAACUGCGACAAAGUGGAGAGUGAACAGUAUCCGCCAUUACGAUUUAAUGGUGGAGUUAUGGGCUGCAGAUCGAGCUACAGGUAGCGGUGUUCGGACCGCUCGUCAAAUACGUCGAGGACGGGAUACGCUUCGUGUUAAUGUUGACCUCAAUCAGAAUAUUGAGUACACUCCUGAGCAGCCAGACUGGAUGGGGUAUAGAGACCCUACUCCGCCAUCACCUCCUCCCUCAGUUGAUGAAUAUAGUCCAGGUGGGACUCAAUCUGUGCCUUCAGUCCCAUCCGGUGGGACUUCAUCCUCAAGAGGUUCGAAAAGGAAGGCAGCUAUAAUGGAUGUUGUUGAAUCCCAAUUUGAGAAGUUCACUACCAGCCUGGACGGUUUCACCAAUGUCCUUAGUUCAUCAAAUGUUCAUUUUGGUGUUAUUUCUAAUGCAGCAGUUGAACAGGUCACAACCAUGAAAGAAAGAAAUGAAAUACUACGUCGGUCCACAAGCUACACUUACACAGAAUCUGACAUUUAUAAUAUGCUGACUGGUAUGAACAUAUAUGAUGAAUCCCAAUUGGACCAAUGCUAUGACUUCUUAUGUGACAAGCCCAAAUGUGUUAAGAAGUUGAUGGGACUCCCACCUCACAAAAGGUGGAAUAAAUUAUGUCAAAUGUUCUGCAGCGGUGAUUCUUAG